AUGAGUGUGAUGCUGGAAACCAAAUUGGGCGACAUCGUCAUCGACCUCCUGGUCGACGAGUCGCCCAAAGCCUGCGAAAACUUCCUGAAGCUCUGCAAAGUGAAGUACUACAACUACUCGCCCGUCCACACCGUCCAGAAGGGCUUCACGCUUCAAACCGGCGACCCGCUCGGCCCCAGCGCGCCCGACAGCGAUGGCGGUUCGUCGAUCUGGGGUCUGCUGGGCGGGCCGAAGACGUUUCCAAUCGAGCUGCCGCCGAGGCUCAAGCACACCGAGCGCGGUACCGUGAGCAUGGCAACGGUUGCGCCCAAGCAUAACCCAGACCAGAAGCUGGCCGCGAGCCAGUUUAUCAUCACUCUCGCCGAGAACCAGGAUUACCUGGAUGGCAAGGCGGCUAUUUUUGGCCAGGUGGCUGAGGGUUUUGAUGUGCUGGAGAAGAUCAACGAUGCCUUUGUCGAUGAGCAGUCACGCCCGCUGAGGGAUAUCCGCAUUCGCCAUACCAUCGUCCUCGAUGAUCCGUUCCCCGACCCAGUGGGCCUGGUCGUGCCGCCCGAGAGUCCUGUGCCGAGCAAGGCGCAGUUGGCUACGGUGCGCAUUGCGGACGAUGAGGAGCUGGAUGACAAUGUGGAUGAGGAGGCAAUGGAUAAAUUGCGCCGGGAGCGAGAAGCGCGCGCGCAGGCGCUGACACUGGAAAUGCUGGGUGAUUUGCCCUUUGCCGAAGUCAAGCCUCCGGAGAAUGUGCUCUUCGUUUGCAAGCUGAACCCAGUCACGCAAGACGACGACCUCCAAUUGAUCUUCAGCCGCUUCGGAGUCAUUCUUUCCUGCGAGGUUAUUCGCGACAAGCGCACCGGUGAUAGCCUGCAGUAUGCCUUCAUCGAGUUCGAAGACAAGGAAGCCUGCGAACAGGCCUACUUCAAGAUGCAGGGCGUGCUCAUCGACGACCACCGAAUCCAUGUCGACUUCUCUCAGAGCGUCUCGAAACUGGAAAAAAGCUGGCGCAAUGCCACUGCCUCCAAGCGUCGCCAGCGCGGCGGCUUCGGCGGUGUCGCCGACCUCGAACAGAAACGCCAAUACCGUAACACUGAAGAUGUUCCGAAGCACGAUGAUUCCUACGGCAUGGUCUUUAAUAAGGACCGCAAAGACGCCAGCGACAACAAGGCAUCUGGUGGAUCUACUAACCGCAGUGGUCGUGAUGAUCGUAACCGUGACCGCAGCCCCCGACGCCGUGAGAGAAGCCAAGACCAUUAUUACCGACGCUCUCGCAGUCGUAGCCCGCGACGUGACUCGCGCCGCGGCCGUGACCGACACUACGACGAUGACCGGAACUCCCGACGUGAUCGUGACUGGCGCCAUGAUGACCAUCGGGACUCGCGACGUGACCGUGACCGACUCCGCGACGACCACCGCGAUUCACGACGUGACCGACACCGUGAUGAGGACCGUGACUACCGGCGUGAACGACGCCGUUGA